UGUCCGUUACAAACACCAAAACACAACCCCCUCAUAAGGUGACACGUUUGCAAAUGUUUAAACCCUCAGUCAAUCCUCUAAUCCAACGGCUCAUAUGCACGUUCAUAAAACCCUCCAUCGUUCAAAAAACAAGGUUUUAGUCACCCACUCUCCACAGAGCCUGAACCAGAGAAAGGGAUCGUGUAACUCAAGUAUAGCAAGUACUGAGAUGAUUCCAUUAAUUCCAGUUGGUUGUUGCAAUGGCUAUUCUUGGUAAACUUGGAAAUAUAAUGAGGCAGACAUUUAGUAAGCAGAUCAUUAAUGAACUUUAUGCAUCAUCCACCCGCCCAUCAUUAUGUCGACCAGUACGGUGCAUGUCGUCCACUAAAGUUUUUGUCGGAGGUGGUUCUCUCCGUUGAUUUGUGUAUUUCUGGUAAAACAAAUGGUGAUGACCUGAAAAAAGCUUUUAGUAAAUACGGUUCGGUUGUUGAAGCAAGAGUUAUUACACAGCGUGAAACUGGUAAAUCUAAAGGAUUUGGUUUUGUUACUUUUGGUGAUUCAGAGUCAGCCGCUAAUGCCAUUGACUCCUUGAAUGGGAAGAAUCUUCAUAUCGGCUGCGUAAGGGUUUGCUAUGCAACUGAUAAAGCUCCUGGUACUGUAAGAGGUCAUGGUCGCGGAGGCUACAGUAGCGGCAAGGACAACGCUGGGGAUUUGGCCAAGCAGGGUGUGACAGCUUCCGUUCCAAAUUCAAUAACAAAAAAAUGUAUACCUCCUCUUAAACCAAAAUGAGGCAAUUUCCAUGAACAACAUGUUCUAGGUGUAUGCUAUUGUAUUGUAGCUAUUGUGAGAAUUAUGAAAAAAAAGACAUCAUUCUAAUAGUAAAAAUUAAAAAUAUUCUAUGAUUA